AUGGCUCAGACACAGAAUCUCCCGCCCGUAUACGGCGGUCAUCCCGGCUAUCCCACAGCCCCUCACCCUCAGUAUGACCACAAUCGACAAGUGCCACUGCAAGCAAACGGCCAGGCAAUGCAGGCAGCGCCCGUGUCCCAAACUGCUAAGACAUUAUCAGUCGUCAGGGACGGCUUGAGAUUCUCGUUGGUCGUUGUGCAGCAGCCCGUCCGAGCGCGCAUGUGUGGCUUUGGUGACAAGGUGAGCAAUAGACCCCGUGGUACAGGAUUUGACCCGUCUGAGACAUUUGUANNGGACCGCCGACCCAUUACUNNCCCCCCGCCAUGUGUGCGGCUUGUUGUUACCGACGAACAGACACAGCAGGAGGUGCCAGCUGACCAACUAGACGCCAGCUUCUUCAUUCUCCAGGUUGAUUUGUGGGACGAGCAUGGACAGGUUGAAAAGAACAUCGUCAAAGCAGCCACCAACUCUCCCGCUACAUCCAUAUCGACUGCCACAACCACCUCAUAUCCGCCUCCACCAGAGCGUCCGGCUCUCUAUGCUCCUCAAGUUCCUUACGCAGAUCCUCGCACUGGCCAGUUCGCCGGUUAUGGCCCCGCACCUACUUACCCUCCUGGACCUUGGGGAUACCCACAACCACAUAUGCCGCAGAUGUACAUGCCAGGUGCCCCUCCCCCUGCCGGUCACUAUGCCCAACCUCCAAUGCCUCCAGGUUAUGGACAGUAUCCUGGAUCUCAGCCGCAAAUGUUCCCUCCAGCUCAGUAUCAACCUCCUAUGCCGCAGCAACAACCAAAUAGCGGCAUGUUCACACGCAACCUCAUCGGUAGCUUGACUGUCAACGCCAACCAAUUGCGCGAUCCUUCGGGGAAGGAAGGACAUUGGUUCGUUCUUCAAGAUCUGUCUGUUCGUACCGAGGCCGUGUUCCGUCUCAAGAUGAGCUUCUUCGACGUUGGCGCUGGAAGUAGCGAUGGAGGCUCGAAACUCUCCACUGGUAAACGUCCUGUCCUGGCUACCGUUUUCUCGGAGCCCUUCCAGGUCUUCUCGGCCAAGAAAUUCCCUGGUGUCAUCGAGAGCACUGAGCUGAGCAAAUGCUUCGCGGGCCAGGGCAUCAAGAUCCCCAUCAGAAAGGACGGUGGUAAGCACGAAGGCAAGGAUGAGGACGAUGAGUAG